AUGGCAGAUACAUUUUUGGAUGAUUCUGCUGGAUAUUUGGUAUCAGAUGAGAAUGAAAAGAAUAAUAUUCCGCCAGAAUCAAUGAGUGAUGAUAUAAAGAAUGAGUCUCAAUCAGUGAUAGAAACAACUUCUGAAGUCAUCGAUAUUCCAAAAGAAAAGCAAGAUGAUUAUGAUUCUAAUCUUCAAGUCAUUGCUACUAUCGCUGAGGCUUUAAAUAAUGCAGCUUUGAAAUACAAUACAUUAAAUACCGGGAAAUAUCUAGAAUUUGUUCCUGACCCAGCUGGUUUAAAUUGCGAUGCUUUUUCUGAUCGUCAGAAAGUGAGUAUAUUAAACAAGAUAGUGAUUCAUGGUCCUAAAACACCACCAGGUGAUGAUUCUUCACUUAUCCCAGUCAUGAAUGUCUUUACAAAAGUUUUUUCGGAACCUAUACCUCAGGAGAGUGCCUCACUUAAGGGAAUAACACAUAAACUGGCAAAACUUCAUGCAAUUGACUAUGACCAUUUUAAAGAUCAUACAAAAUCUCAUAAGGAUUUAAAAGAUGUGUUAAAGGUAAAUAUUCAAACACCUGAGGAUAUAAGUCUAUCUGCAGGACAAGCAGCAAGGCAUAAAGUGGAAUCCUAUUUUGCUUAUGAGUCCGAUGAUUUCUCUCCAAAACAAAUUACUACCUUUGAUGAUGAUCCUCCAUCACCUCCCUCUCCUUCACGUCUAAAGAAAGUAACAGCACAUUAUGAGCGUCGAAGAGAAUCAAAAGAUGAAGAAGAAGAAGAAACUGUUCAAAACUCCUUUGACAAUAAUGAUGAUAAUGAUGAUGAUGUUGUUCUAUCUUCCUUGAUAGAACAAAAAGACCCCAGUAGACCUCUCUCAUUGGCUAGUGCUGAUACUAUGCUAACUGUUGGUCAAAAGACCUUGCAAAAUGAACAAAGAGAACCUGAUGUUUUACCUUCACCUUCAAUCAUGAGCUCCCAUCGUUCCAUGGUACAAACUAUUAGGAAUCUCAACUUGGAUGAUCUAUACCUUGUUGUAUCUCGUAAACUCUAUAAAGAAUAUGUGAAUGGUAAUCAACAUGCCAUUUGUCUUCCUAUGGAAAUAAAAGAGCAACCUGAUUUUCCAUUAGAUUUUGAAUCCCUUUCAUCAGAAGAAAAAAGAAUUAUCAAGCAGAUGAGUUCCCUUCAUGAAUUGAUUAUGACUGAAAAGAGUUAUAGUUCCAAUCUUAGUAUGCUGUGUACCUAUUUCUUUCAAGAGAUUUAUAAAAUGGCAGAUAUAACAAAAGAACAACGUAUGAAUAUUGUUUGUAAUGCACUCGAUAUAGCUUCAUUUCACAUCAAGUUUACAAACGCAUUACUUUUGGCACAUGAUGGCGAUAAAAAUCAACAAAAUACAAUUCCUUAUUCAACUAAACUAAAAAGUGUUCUUCUUUCUUUUAUUGAAUGGGCACCAAAACUUGAUAUUUAUCAUGAUUAUUGUGUAAAAUACGAUUAUGCUGUAUCCGCAUUUAGUUGUUUACUCCAGUCAAACCCUAAAUUUAAAGAAGAAAUGGAUAGUAUAUUUCAUUUUCAUAGUGAAUCCCUUGGGUUAAGUAAACUCAAAUUCCAAGACUAUUUUGCUAUUCCUUUUCAAAGAAUUUUUAAAUAUGAAGUUCUUCUUCAGACUAUUGAAAAUUCAACCUUAAAGGAUACAGAGGAAUAUUUACUUUUAUUAGAGGCACAGAAAAUUAUUCAUGCCAUAGUUAAAAAGAUUGAUAUAGCAAAAUCAGUUAUGGAAACAAAUCGAAAGAGUAAAUUAUUUUUAUCACGUUUGGUGCCUGAGUAUCAUAUGGAUAAACGAUGGUUUGAAUCUUUAGGCAGUUGCUUAUUGAUUGGCACUUUAAUAGUUCGACCUAACAUCGAAAGUAAAACAAGUGAUAGAGUCGGAUGUGCUUUAUUUAAAGAUUAUAUGAUUAUCACAGAAGCCAAGAAACGCGAACAAUAUAUACCAAAGCAUUGGUUUUCUUUAUUUGAAUUUAAUUUGGUUGAUUUACCAAAUGAUAAAGAUUUUUUAUUUUAUCCUUGGCGAUUAGAGAAUAGUCAACAUAUAUUAGAGUUUUGUGCUAUUUGCGAAUCAGAAAAGAAAGUUUGGAUAGAAAAGUUAGAUAAAGCAAUUAAAGAUUCAAAGGAAAAGGAUUCAGUGAAUCAAUCUUCUGAUACAAAACAACAUGAAUUGGAACAUGUAUUUAUUUCUAGUUUUGAAUUAAUGGCACAAAGAAAACAUAAAAAAGAAAAAUAUCGUAGUCAUUCCACAUCUUUUACGUCACAGACUAGUAGCUUCCUCGAUAGUGUUGUAAACCAAAACAAGUAUUUAUCCCGAUCUUCUUUUAGUCCUCUCAGUUUUCAUAAAAUUAAACCAGAUAAUAGCUAUACUUCCUUGCACAGUCUCACAUCAUCCAUGAAGCGCCCCUUGUCCGUGGCAAGUGAUAUGGCUUCUUAUAGUAGACCGAAUUUUAAUGUUGAAAACUAUCAGGCACGAUGUAAAGUUGUUGAUAUGAAGUUUAAGGAUGUCUGUACAACACCUAUUAUGAAAGCUCGAGCCAGGAGUAGUUUCUAUCAUUAUGAUAAGAAACGUAGAAGUAUCUUUGACAAUUAUCGGUAUUCGGCAUCUGCUUUAUUCUCUAAUAGACCAAGUCUUGAAAUACCCAAUAUUUCAUCUUUAUCUAUACACAAGGUUCGAUCUCCUCGUAUGCCAUUUAAUAAAGCCAAACGAAAUUCAACCAUUCCUCAUGGCCCCUUAAAAUUACAUCAUCAAUCAGAAGAGCCGAUGGAACGUCAUUCAUCACUUGCUUAUCAUGUCAAUCUUCUUCGUUCUUCAAGAAGGAAUACUCCUAACCCUACUAAUACAAUCGAUUCCUCUGAACGCUCCCCUACUUUCUUGGAGAAAAUGGCGCAAAAAAUCAAUUUAAAGAAACCAUCUAAAGGAAUAAAGACUCAACUUAAACUUUCUCCUCCGCCUUCUAAAAUCUUGACAUCUAAUAAUUCAUCUCUUAUGUCAGAGUCACUUAAUACGGGUGAUUAUGAGAUAUCAUCUAAGAGUGUGAAGAAAAAGUUAUUUUUUCAUCUUUAUCCUUCUUCUCGUCAGCUUAAGAAGUAA